AUGUCGUCCCCAUCGACGCCGCGGUCGACGCGCGCCGCGUCGCCAACCGCGAACUCGCCCAUGAUGCUCACUCCAGGACAGAAAAUCAAGGCCAUGAUGGCCGCAUUCGACAGCGACUCCGAGUCCGAUAGCGGAAAGAAAGAAUCGACACAGAAAAAAGAAUCUCCGAAGCCAACACACAAUGAAAACCAGUCUCUCCCGAAACGACCUCAAUUUGGCAUGCAGUUGGAUUCGGAUUCUAGUGCCGAUGAGGAGGAGGAUAUUGUGAUGCCUAAGGGACGCAUGGCUGCUCGUAUGCAGGCUCAAUCGGGCGCUGGUAACGCUGGUGGUUCGAGAGAGACUGCGUUUGAGAGGGUGUCGAAGGCCUUGCGUGAGGAUAAAGGGGCCUCGGACGACAAUACCCGUGACGCUGCUGCGGACGAGGCGAUGGCUUCCGGUGGUGAUAGUGAUGAUGAUGAUCUCCCCAAGGCUGGACCGAGGAGGAGAGCUGCGAAUACAACCCCUGAACCGGACGCUAUGUCGGAUCGUUCGUCGCGUCGGGCCCGCCGCGACGAUUCGCCUUUGUUCGUGUCUUCCGCUCCGAAUAGCCCCCAAACCAACGAAACCCCCGGCUCAGAUACCGACAACGACGAGGAAUCCCGACCAAGAGGCAACUCGCGUUUCCUGGCUCUUGUGGCUCAAAAGCGGAAGGAGCGCGAGGAGAAGGAGAGACUCGAAGCUGAGAAGAAAGCCGCAAUUGCGAGACGACACGAAGAGUUCAGCUCGGAGAUCGGUCUCGAUGAGGAGGAUAGCGCGGAUGAGGGUGCUGCGGCGCGCAAGUUAACGCAGCAGUCUCGCCCCGCCCGGAAGGCGAGUAAGAAGGCGUUGGAGGAUAUGAAUCGGGAAACGCAGCGCAUGAGCCGGAAUAUGCAGUUGGCUCAUCAGGCUCAGACUAAGAAGAAGAUUACUAAGGAGAGCUUCUUUGCGCGGUUUAAUUUCAUGCAGCCGAAGGAUUCGACUGCGCCUGGUCCAUCGCAUGAUAGUUCUUCUGCGGAUGGCUCGCAACAUUCGUCCGACGUGGAGGCGCAGAAGAAUAAAGAUACGCCGCAGACCUCGCCUGUCUUGGGCCCAGCCGACAAGCCCACCACUGAGGAAGUUUCCGAUGGUUCAGCUAAGGAGGCCCAGAGCGAGAACACCGUGCUUCCGCCACCGCAGCCCGAAAAUCCCAUUGUUGGACAGGCAGAGAUCCAGUCGGCCGACCCACAGGCUGAGAAAUCGAAGAAGACGCCCAAGAAAGCCCCUGUCCAAGUGAACCUUUCCCGCCAACAGGUCGCCGCGAACCAGGACUCCGACGACGAAUUGGAGAUCAUCACUUCUCCCGCCAAAUGCCGUCGGUACGCAGCAUUCGAAAACCUCCCCCUCAGACGCGCACAGGAGCCUUCCUCUAUGACCACCUUCAGAGCCUUAGCGCACCUCACUUCCCCUACCCGCCGAUCGACACCGAGUAUGGCGGACUUUUCCGCGCAGAUGCUGUACAAAGCCAGACAGCAAGCUCUCAAGGAGCGGAGCCAGAGGAUACAGGAACUGAGAGAUAAAGGAAUCCAUGUCGAGACGGCCGCGGAGCGCGCGGCUAUGGAGGAUGAGAUCGAGAAUCUCGUGGAGAAGGCACGGCUGGAGGGUGAAGAGAUUGCGAAGAAGGAGAAGGCGGCUAAGCGUCGCGAUGCUCCGGAUGAUGAUGAUGACGAGGAUGAUGAUUAUCAGCUUUCUGGUUCUGACGAUGAGCUGGCACAGGGUGACGACGAAGAUGAAGACGAAGAAGAGGAGGACGAAGAUGGAAGUGGCAAGAAGGAGGGCGGCCUGAUUGAUUCCGAGGCUGGCGAGGAUGAUGAUUCUGAUGAUAAUCAGUCAGAAGCCAUGUCGGACCAAGAGGUUGAGGUGCCUACUCAGAGGCGGAAGCGACCUACUCGAGUUAUCAGUGAUGACGAGGACGAAGAACAAGUACCAGCAACGCCCGUGAAGCCAAUCGUCUCGACAGUAACUUCCGUGGAACGCCCACAGAUCCCUGGCCUGCCAUCCGAUGACAAGACCAUGAGUUUGACUCAGGCGUUUGCUGGGACCCUAGGUGGGAGCCAGCAAGGAACCCAGCAGGAUCCGUCCACCAUCCCCACCAUCCCUCUUUCGCUUCCCGACCCUGCGCAGAUGCCCGAUAACCAAGGACCGGACUCACCGGCAAUCAUCAAAGACAGCCAAGAACAACGGGCACAGUCGGUGGACUUGCUGGCGGGUUACAGCGAAUCCGUGACUCGUGUAUCUGAAUCUCCUGCUCCUCGAGGGAUGUCUUAUUUCUCCCAGGUCCCAGAUCCGACUCAGGAUGAAGGUUUCGUGUUUUCGCCGUUCGAUCCAUCGAAGAGGUUCCUGGGCACUCCGACAUCGACCAUUGAGACGGUCCGUAUCGACCGGAGUGAGUCUCGGAAUGCCUCACCAAUCGCCCAGCGGAAGAAGAAGGCUCUCCGCCGGGGCAAGGCCGCGGACCUGUCUAUGGUUGUAGAACAGGAUGAGGAAGCGGAGGAGGCCGACGAAGAGCAAGAAGACGAAGAUAAGGGCGACUUCGAGGUCGACGCCAGUGCAUUCAAUAUCAUGAAGAAGGCCGCCAGGAAGCCAUCUGAUUUUGAUAAAAAGAAGAGCAAGGCCAGAGACGUCGUUGAAGAAGCAGCUGAAGAAUCUGACGACGAGUACGCCGGUCUGGGAGGCGCCAGCGAUGACGACGAAGAUGAAGAAAACAUGUUCGAUCGCCAGAUGAUCAACGACAACAGUGGUGAGACUGUUGAUGAGAAACAGCUGGCCGCUCUCAAUGCGUUACAUCAGAGAAACACGGACGAAAAGCAAGUUGCCAAGCUGCUCAAGGAUAUCACGACCGGAGCUCUCCGACGCCGGAAAAACAACGACGACGAUCUGGAUCUGGACGACUCGGACGAUGAACUCAUGGCCCGUCGGCGGGAGAAGCAGAGAGAGUUUGCCCGGAUGCGCAAGGCUCUCCUUGCCGACAGUAAGGUCGGCGAGAUUGCCGAGAACCCCAAGAAAGCUGCAUUCUUCAAAGCUGUCGAGGACCGCGACGAUGACGACGAUGAUCUCGACUUGGACUUCCUGAACUAUGAGGAAAACAGCCAGUCUCAGGAGGACUCUUCGGCGCAGAACGCGGCGGCGGCGGCGGCGGCUCCAGGACAGCAGGACACCGCCGACGAGAGCAACAAGAGAAAGAGGCCGCUUGAGCCUUCUGCUGAAGACAUCAACAACCGACCUCCGCCUCAUCUCCGUCGCAAGCCGGCAAGUGCCUUGUCCAAGAAGCCUGCCACACUGGCCGAAGUUCGCGAGACAGUGUCCUUCUUGACGGAGCGUCCUGAAUACGACUCCUUCCACGAGGACGCGUCGAUGGACGACGUUGAGGAGCCCGCAGGCGAUGAAGGAAACAACACAGCCAGCGAGGAACAACAGACGAACGAACAGCCCGCAGGGCCUUCUCACCAUCCUCGACGCACCAAGGGCCCCGUGGUCGACCGUCUCGCGCUCCUCCGACAAGCCUCCUCCAACUCCGCCACCUCUUCAUCAAACAACCGCUUCGCCUUCCACGCAGGCUCUGGUGGAAACCAGGCUCCCAGCUUCGGCUUCAGACCGCCGAUGCUCCGGAAAACCACGACUGGCUCGUCAUCGUCGUCGACGUCGACCACGUCGGACUCCUCCAAGCGGGUGUCCAAGCCGCCUGUUGGAGGAAAGAAGGGCGGUGCAGUAAACUAUUAUACGGCGGCGCGCGAGAAAGAGCGCGAGAAGGCACUCCGCUCUAAGAACCGCGGCGGGUCGAAUAUCACUGCGUUGCUGAGCAAGCACUCGAAUAAUAGGCUGGGUGCGCUGGGAGGGGGUGGUCAAUGGGAGUGA